UAACGACCAGGUGAAAGUUCAACCGAACUCCAGACAUAAUGGAAGUAAAUCAGGCAAAACAAGAGCAUCUACUUGCAUUAAAAGGGUUGCACAUGGAAAUUUCCGGAAAGUUUCCGACCUUUUGCAACCCUAAACCCAACGUUUACUUGAUGCGGUUAACAAAACCCACUCUCUUCACUAACAUGCCAGUGACAUGUGAAGAUCGAGACCUCCCAGGAGAUUUGUUCGGUCGGCUCAUGAAGGAGGACCCAUCCACUAUUAAAGGAUCAGAGGCUUUAAUGCUGGGAGAGAUGCUCACGCUACCUCAGAACUUUGGAAAUAUCUUCCUUGGCGAGACCUUCUCGAGUUACAUUAGUGUGAACAAUGACAGCAGCCAGUUGGUCAAGGACAUACUAGUAAAGGCAGACCUGCAGACAAGCUCUCAGAGGUUAAACCUAUCAGCGUCCAACAACGCCGUCACAGAGCUGAAGCCUGAGUCCUGCAUUGAUGAUGUCAUCCACCAUGAAGUCAAAGAGAUUGGGACUCACAUCUUGGUUUGUGCAGUCAGUUAUACCACACAGGCCGGAGAGAAGCUGUACUUCAGGAAGUUCUUCAAAUUUCAGGUUCUGAAGCCGCUCGACGUCAAAACCAAGUUCUACAAUGCAGAGAGUGACCUCAGUUCCGUGACAGACGAGGUGUUCCUGGAGGCCCAGAUCCAGAACAUCACCACGUCGUCCAUGUUCAUGGAGAAAGUGUCCCUGGAGCCCUCCAUGAUGUACAAUGUCGCCGAGCUCAACACCGUGGAGACAGAGGACGAAGGAACGUCUACAUUUGGGAAGAUGUCUUACUUGCAGCCCAUGGACACGCGCCAGUACCUCUACUGUCUGAAGCCCAAGCCAGAGUUUGCAGAGAAGGCGGGCGUCAUCAAGGGUGUGACGGUGAUCGGCAAACUGGACAUUGUGUGGAAGACCAACUUAGGAGAAAGAGGAAGGCUGCAGACAAGCCAGCUACAGAGAAUGGCUCCAGGUUACGGAGACGUCAGGCUAUCACUGGAGAUGAUCCCAGACACUGUCAACCUAGAGGAACCCUUCGACAUAACCUGUAAAAUCACCAACUGCAGUGAGAGGACCAUGGACCUGGUGCUGGAGAUGUGUAACACCUGCUCCAUCCACUGGUGUGGUGUAUCAGGGAGACAGCUAGGCAAAGUCAGCCCCAGUGCCUCACUCGCUUUGCCCCUCAAACUCCUCUCCUCUGUCCAGGGACUGCAGAGUAUAUCCGGCCUGAGACUAACCGACACAUUUCUGAAGAGAACGUAUGAAUACGAUGACAUUGCACAGGUGUGUGUGGUCUGUCCAUACAUGAGCCGGGAGAGCUAAGACCUUUCCAGACCCUUCUAGAACCCAGCACUAUAAAUCUCAAAUCUCCAUGGACCAACUUCCAAACUCUGCACCUAUACUAUCACCUUACAGUACACACCCCAAGGUUAUCAUGUUUUAACAGAUGUUAUGUUUUUAAGUUUUCUUUGCAAAAAAAAAUCUGGAUUUUAAAUGAAUGUUCAUUUAAAUGUGAAUAAAAGCAGUAAUUUAA